AUGCCGUCAGCCUUGGCCAUCUUCACUUGCCGCCCGAACUCACACCCGUUUCAGGAGCGACAUGUCUACCUGGACGAGCCCAUCAAGAUCGGCCGCUCAGUGGCACGCUGUCGACCAGCGCAGAAUAAUGCCACCUUUGACUGCAAAGUGCUGUCAAGGAACCAUGCUCUCGUCUGGUUUGAUCACAAGACGAGCAAGUUUUACCUCCAAGACACUAAAAGUAGUAAUGGUACCUUUAUAAAUAGCCAGAGAUUGAGUCGAGGCUCUGAAGAAAGUCCACCAUGCGAAAUUCUUUCUGGUGACAUUAUCCAGUUUGGGGUAGAUGUGACAGAGAACACACGGAAAGUUACCCAUGGGUGUAUUGUUUCCACAAUAAAACUUUUUCUACCAGAUGGUAUGGAAGCCCGACUCCGUUCAGAUGUCAUCCAUGCUCCAUUACCGAGUCCUGUAGACAAAGUUGCUGCUAACACUCCAAGUAUGUACUCUCAGGAACUGUUCCAACUUUCUCAGUAUCUACAGGAGGCCUUACAUCGGGAACAGAUGUUGGAACAGAAGUUAGCCACACUUCAGCGGCUGCUGGCCAUCACCCAAGAGGCUUCAGAUACUAGUUGGCAGGCUUUAAUAGAUGAAGAUAGACUCUUAUCACGGUUAGAAGUUAUGGGGAACCAGUUGCAGGCAUGCUCCAAAAAUCAAACAGAAGAUAGCUUACGGAAGGAGCUGGUAGCGUUGCAGGAGGAUAAACAUAGCUAUGAAACCACAGCCAAAGAGUCCCUGAGGCGGGUUCUUCAGGAGAAAAUUGAAGUGGUUAGAAAACUCUCAGAAGUGGAGCGGAGUCUGAGUAACACUGAAGAUGAAUGUACCCACCUGAGGGAGAUGAAUGAGCGGACUCAGGAAGAGUUGAGAGAAUUAGCCAAUAAAUAUAAUGGAGCAGUUAAUGAAAUUAAAGAUUUAUCUGAUAAAUUAAAGGCAGCAGAGGGAAAACAAGAGGAAAUCCAGCAGAAGGGACAAGCUGAGAAGAAAGAAUUACAGGCUAAAAUCGAUGACAUGGAAGAAAAAGAACAAGAGCUCCAGGCAAAAAUAGAAGCUUUGCAAGCUGAUAACGAUUUCACCAACGAGAGGCUGACAGCUUUACAAGUACGGUUAGAACCCCUGCAGGAGAAAACUCUUAAAGAAUGCAGCAGCUUAGGGAUACAAGUUGAUGACUUCUUGCCUAAAAUAAAUGGGAGCACAGAAAAAGAGCGCUUGCUUUCAAAGAGUGGCGGGGACUGCACUUUUAUUCAUCAGUUCAUAGAGUGCCAAAAGAAGCUGAUGGUCCAGGGGCAUCUAACCAAAGUGGUGGAGGAAUCCAAGCUUUCCAAAGAAAACCAGGCAAAAGCAAAGGAAUCUGACUUAUCAGAUACUCUGAGUCCAAGCAAAGAAAAAAGCAGCGACGACACUACAGACGCCCAGAUGGAUGAGCAAGACCUGAAUGAACCCCUGGCUAAGGUGUCUCUGUUAAAAGAUGACUUACAGGGUACCCAGGCAGAAACUGAGGCCAAACAAGACACUCAACAUCUUCGGAAAGAAUUGGUGGAAGCCCAGGAGCUAGCUAGAGCAAGUAAACAAAAAUGCUUUGACCUUCAAGCUCUUUUGGAAGAAGAACGAAAAGCCUAUCGAAAUCAAGUUGAGGAAUCAGCUAAACAAAUCCAGGUUCUUCAAGUCCAGCUGCAGAGGCUACACAUGGAUAUGGAGAAUCUCCAGGAGGAAAAGGACACUGAGAUUUCUAGCACGAGAGAUAAAUUGCUGAGUGCUCAAGAUGAGAUUUUGCUCCUUCAUCAAGCAGCAGCAAAGGCUGUGUCUGAGCGGGACACUGACUUUAUGUCUUUGCAAGAAGAGCUCAAGAAGGUGAGAGCAGAGCUUGAGGGCUGGAGGAAAGCAGCAUCUGAGUAUGAGGAGGAAAUCAGAAGUCUGCAGAGCACUUUCCAACUUAGAUGUCAGCAGUGUGAAGUCCAGCAAAGAGAGGAGGCCACAAGGUUGCAAGGUGAACUAGAGAAGUUGAAAAAGGAAUGGGAUGUACUGGAAAAUGAGUGCCGUUCUCUGAAAAAGGAGAAUGUGUUAUUGUCAUCAGAACUGCAGCGACAAGAAAAAGAAUUGCACAAUUCUCAGAAGCAAAGUUUGGAGCUCACGAGUGACCUCAGCAUCCUUCAAAUGACUAGGAAAGAACUCGAGAACCAAAUGGGAUCCUUGAAAGAACAACACCUUCGGGAUGAAGCUGACUUAAAAACUCUUCUCAGUAAGGCUGAAAACCAAGCCAAGGAUGUACAGAAAGAGUAUGAAAAGACACAGACUGUACUCUCUGAACUGAAGUUGAAGUUUGAAAUGACUGAGCAGGAAAAGCAAUCAAUCACAGAUGAGCUCAAACAAUGUAAAGACAACCUGAAGCUGCUGCGAGAGAAAGGAAAUAAUAAACCCUGGCCCUGGAUGCCCAUGGUGGCGGCCCUGGUUGCGGUGACAGCUAUGGUGCUGUAUGUACCAGGUCUGGCCAGAGCUUCUCCAUGACAGUGUGUCUUGAGUCUGUACACCGUCCUCCCUCUAGAAGCUGGCACCACAGUCAUGCUGGGGACAAGCAGAACCAUUUUCUUCCUUUUUACCUCUUAAAACAACAGAGUGCAAGAAGACAGCUGUAGGGUCAUUGCUUUAACUUAUAUCAACUCUAUCUGUCUAUAGAGAGGAUAUAAAGUUGUGAAUUUAUUCGGUUUUACAUAUAAUUUUUAAAUUAGUACGUUGAGAUUCUGAAUAUUAUGGUGGCCUAAAGUAGGCUUCUUAGUGCACCAAAUUAUUUAUACCAUAAAUUUAUAGAUAUUUUACUCUGAAUUCUAAUGGCCACACAAUUCAUUUUUCUGAUUUGAUAACUACUCAAACCAAACAACCAGUACAUACAUGGGAAGAGAGGCCCUGUGUGCUCAGUGCCUAUCAGUCUGAAUACACACACACACACACACACACACACACACACACACACACACACACACAUAUAUUUUUUACAUAUUUACGCCAUUUUUACUUGUUAUAAAACCACUGAGCUAUUGGGAACAAGACUUAAUUAUUUGUGUGGAUUUUUUUUUUUUUUAAGGAAAAAUACAUUGGGAAAAUAUUCUCUUAUAGUGAUAAUUCGGGGAAUCCAUACAUGUUUGUUCAGCCUUAAUGUGACUUGAAGAUGGGAAGGACAUCAGCUUUGAAAACUUUCCAUGAGAGUUUGUGUUUUCUUGAGCAAACUGAAAUAUUACUGGGAGCAAAAACAUAAUUGCAUAAUUUCAGUGCAAUCAACCAAACUGUUGAGUGAAUUGGAAUGUAACUUACUAAACCUUAUGUAUUUAAGAAAUGUUUUCUUUGAAAGCCAAGCUCCCUUCUCAUAUACAGCAGUUUAGAAAGCAUGAUUUUUUCCUGUCAUCUGUUCCUCCAAGCAUGUUUAAUUGAAGGAAGAAUUAUAUCUGUCUAGUUAAGCUUUGUUGACUUAAUUUGGUUUUGAUGUGGAGCUAAUUCACAUUCAGGGCGAGCUGAUGUUCCCAGCUAACAGAUUUCUUGGUUGGGUAUACAAAUGGUCCUUCUCUCUUUGUUGUUGAUUGGAACAGCACUCUUCCCAAGGUCGGUAGUGUUCUGCGCACAGUGACACACGUAAGCACUGCUUGGCAUUGUGCAUUUACACAGAGGUUAAGUUUAGCUGUGGUUUUGUGCGGCACCAUAGUGAUGUCAAUAUCCAAGUAUCACAUAGUUAAAUUCCCUUCGGUCCAUGGAGACUGGAGGGGAACAUCAAUGAAUUGGCUGGAAUACCCAGACCUAGCCACAUAUCGAGAAAGGAGUUUAGGAUAUCAUUUGCUUUGUGAUGUUUGGCAGUCAUUGUUUUUACUUUAAAAGUUGUAUUUAAAGCUAUUGGGAUUGUUGCCGGGAGAAUCACUAGAUUUAUGGAGGAGUUAGCCACAAGUGACUUGUAGAAAAUACUGUCGUAUAGUCAUUUUACCAUUCUCUGUUGCAGCAAGCCACUCCACCACAGAGUGCUAAUGCCAUUGGCACCCAGCACCUCUUGUAUAUAGUUAUUGCAAAUACUGUUCUGAAAUGCAUAACUUCAAAAUUACCUUUUUUAAAGUAAAUAAUUGUUUGAAAUCUAUUUUGUAAAGAUAAAACGUACAAUAGAAUUUCUGGAGUACAGAUUAAACUAUUUGCACUAACACACGUGAUGUGCAUGAUUUAAUAAAAUAACUUUAAUCUCC